CUCGAAGAAUGUCCAUUAUGCUCUGAUGAGUCCCAGAAGAUACGAAUCAAUUGGAUCCAGUGCAAUAUCUGCGACCAGUGGUACCACAACCACUGCGUGCACCUCACCGCCCUGGAGGGAGACAGCAUCUCCGAAUAUCAUUGCUCGAAGUGUUUCGACGCAAACGGACCAUCGGUUUACAAGCGCAAAUCCAAGCGACAGAGGGUGCAGAUAGAUUAUGUCGCGCUCAAUGAAGGCAACGGGAACGUGCUAGCGCUUGACAAGUUCAACCACCCUCACAUCCUGAAGCUUUUGUCAUUUACAGGUACAGAUGCGGUCGUCACUCUACACGGGAAAACAUUCACCUCGGAUUACGCCAUGGUCACGGGUCUACCAACCCCGGUAUACAUCCCGCGAGCUAAACGCGAUGGACUUGGCCUUGAGGUACCGACCACGCUUACGGUGACAGAGGUGGUGGGGUUUAUUGGCGAAGACGCGCCGAUAGAGGUCAUGGAUGUGCUUACACAGAACGGGUGCCCCAACUGGACCGCUGGAAUGUGGCGAGAUUACUUUAAUUCCCCGUCGGAAGACCGGGACCGGAUCCGCAAUGUGAUCAGCUUGGAGAUAUCGCAGUUUCCCGAGUUGAGUUCCCGCGUGCAAAGGCCCCACUACGUGCAGACGCAGGACUUGGUUGACCGGGUGUGGGAUUUGACCAGUCCCGAUGAGGUGUUGUUCAAGGAAAGACCCCAAGUUACGAUGUAUUGUUUGAUGUCUGUGGCAAAGUCGUUUACAGACUUUCACGUCGAUUUUGGAGGAAGUUCUGUGUACUACACGGUAAUCAAGGGCCAGAAAACGUUUCUCAUGUACCCGCCUUCCACCACUAAUUUGAAGGCAUAUGAAACGUGGUGCUUGAGAGGGGACCAGAACCAAGUCUGGCUCGGCGACUUUGUCACUGGUGGUAUCAGGGUAGACUUGUAUGAGGGCGAUGCGUUUAUCAUCCCCUCUGGUUGGAUCCAUGCCGUUUACACACCCGUCGAUACCGUCGUCAUAGGGGGUAACUUCUUGACGAUAUUUAACAUCCCCCAGCAGGUCAAGCUAGCGCGCAUUGAACAAGCGACCAAAGUUCCCCGGAAAUUCACUUUUCCCCGCUUCCAAACCCUUCUCUGGUUGACGGCC